GCUGUCAGCGUUUAUGGCGACAUCUAGUGGUUAAAAACGAUAAGGAAUUCUACAUAAAACUGUUUCCUUUGUCACCUUUAACAAACUGAAAUACGUUUCAUCUCACCUGUUAUUAACCAUGUGUAAAAAGCCAGAUACUACCUAAUAAUUGUUGUGCACAAUAAGUUAAAACAGUUUGAGAGAACACGGAGAGGCAGCAGGUUACGUCAGGCUGCUCUCAUGAUCGUGUGCACGCAGGGGUGGAAGUGGAGCAUCUUCGGUGGAGUGGAUGGCUCACUUGUCUUCACACAACCCAGGGACUCGUCUAAGGCUUCUGGAUGCGACACAUGGUGCAACUUUCUCUCAGAAGUAAACGUGCAGACGUUCACAUGCCGUGAAACAGCUGUACAGCCUGACAACAUGUAGUUAGCGGGAUAGCCACUGUUGUAUUGUCAAUCAGCUACAGUUGCUUCGGCUAAAGAGCUCCAUUAGCUUCCCUGCUGUCUGACAUCACUCCGUGCGAUGACGGCAUUUACAAGUCUGCGCAGCUUCUCAUCUUCUGGACAUUAGGCAAAUCAAAAGAAGUAAUAUGGAUAGUGAACGCAGUAAUUGCAGGCCUCAAGUCAGAAACAACAGCCAGCUAACUCAGCUAGCAAGGCUGUCAUAGCUGCUAAGCUCGCUAAAAGCUGCGAAGAGCCUCACUGAUAAGGUGUUUGUGCAGUGGUUCAGGACAACAUGACAGACCAAAUCACAGCAGGUUGUAGCCAGCAAUGGCUCCUCAACCAGGAUGCGACUGUGACAGACCCCACCUCAGCACCUCAGCAGCCCACCUCACACAUCAUUUCCUCUCAAUCCAAGUGGAUGUGCAACAUCUCUGGGGACCCGGAGCUGAUCUUAUCCGAGGACGUGCUCAGCAAUGGCACAUGUGAAGCUGAGGCUCUGGUAGCAUUACGUUGUUCUGACCGCAGUGAACGGGGUACUGCUGGGGGCGAGCAUCUUGCUCUGAGCAACAAUGGCAUGUCGUCGUUUCCUGACAGUGACCUCUCUUUGCCUGAGGUCUGCAUUUCCACCAACAGUGAUAGCUUUGAGGAUGAUAUGAACUAUGAGGUCCAGCAAGCCUACAAGAUUUUCACUACCAUUCUUUUGGACAAACACAAAGCGAUCACCGGCCAGUUUCUUCACCCUAUUGGCCACCAUGAGGUCCAGCACGGUAUCGGAGGGGUCCAGGGCCGGGCUCAUUCUCAACUUAGGCAGUCGAUGUGCUUGCAGAGGAUAAAAGAGAAGUUUAUCAACCAGGAGUUUGAGACGAUAACAGAGUUUGUUGCAGACUUCCGGCUCAUGUUGGAGAACUGUUACCGCUAUCAUGGGGUAGACCACUGGAUCUCCAAACAAGCUCAAAAGCUGGAAACUAUCCUGGAGCAGAAGCUGACGUUACUUUCCAGGACGUUGCGAGAGAAAACGACACUGGCAGUGACAUCUAAAGGGCGUUUUGGCACAGAGGAAGAGCGAGGCUCUGGGGGAACCUCCACAAGGAGACGACCACCAUCUCGUAACCAUCCCACCUUAACUGGGCAUGAGUCCAUCAUGGUACAGAAGCUACGCCUGGAGGAGCAACAGAGGGCCAAGGAGGAGAAGAGGCAACGUGAGCUUGAGAAGAAAGAGGCAGAAGAAAUAUCAGCCAAAGAGGUGGAGGACUGGGAGCAGAGCUUGCUUUCGCAGGCUCAGCCACACACCGUGGACACCCUGUGGGAACUCCCUGCUAUUGGACACUUCCUUUGCCUCGCUCAGACCGCCCUCAGCCUCCCAGAGAUUGUGUUUUUUGAGCUGGAGCGUUGCUUGCUCAUGCCACGCUGCAGCUUGCUCUUGUCCAAAAUCAUGUCCUCCCUGCUGUUCCCACCGCAGCGCAGGGCCACGCUGCACCGGCGCUCUGCACUGCCUUACCGCCGCUGGGAGUCGGAGCUGAGGCAGCGUGUCCUGGCCUGGUACCGAACUGUCGGUGCGUCUCAUGAACAGCAGCGUCGAGCCGAGCGGCUAGGACUUUGUCACCAGUUCUUCAGCACUCUGGGUGAGGUUAGUCCUUUGGAAGAGAAGCCCUUUCAUUUGUUGCCCUUCUACCAGCGGGUUUGGCUUCUGAAGGGACUGUGCGACCAUGUGUAUGAGACGCAAAAAGACGUGCAGGAUGCCGUGCUGGCCCAGCCCAUCCAUGAAUGUAGGGAGUCUAUUUUGGGCUACGACAGCAAAGAGAAUGCCUAUAUACACUUCCCACAUUUCUGUGGAGCAGACCUGAGAAUCUAUUGCCAGAGUCCCAGCACACCUCCAGCAUUUCCCUUCCCCUCUCUUCUGGUGAGAAGAGUUGAAAUGGAUCAAGGACCAGAUGGCGAAGAGUCAGAUGUAAUCAAGAAGGAGGCAGAGAAACCUGAGAUUGCCUGUGAUGGCACCUCGCUGGACUCAGGAGAGUGUGGAGAUUUGACCAAAAGAACAGUGAGGGUUUUCAAAAAAGAGAAGUGGAACAGGGAGGAAGAUGAACAACGGUUUCAGACGUUGUCACCGACGAAAGAAGUGCCUAAAUCAGGAUACUCGUUUGGAAACUCCUGUGAAAACUUUAAAUUGGAUGUAAUACUCCACGCAAACUCUUUUCUUACAAACAGACAAAUUGCUGGAGAAGACGAUGUGAAAAUAAAUUUGAAACAAGAAAUGUCAAACAUAGAGCAACAGCCUAAGCAGGAGCAGGUCUUCUCGUUGGGUUCAGAACGUACCAUUAAAGCAGAAAUACAAGAUCCCUGCUUGAAUGUUGGAGAGCACAGCUACACAGGCCGAUCACCUGCUUCCUCGGUUAAUCUGGGGUCUCCGACUAAACCCAUGGAUGUCAAAAUAGAGGACUUGAGCCCCAGUCAGGGAAACCAAAUCUCUCCCUGUCUGGACUGUUGUAAAAGCAAAACUGGUCAUGCAAAAUCCACAAAGGACGACUACUGCUGCGGUGCAUCUGUACUAGCAACGCAGUUGUCUUCUGAGAGCGCUCAAAACUCAAGUGAAGAGGGGAUGAAUGACAAGAUUUGGACUAAAAAAAGGCACAAGAAAAAGCAAGCCAAAGAUCAUUUGGCAGGGCUAAGAAGAGAGCACAGGCGCAUGUCUCAUGAGGAGGCCACCAAGUCGACAAUUCGAAGAGUUGCCACAACAAUUAAGAGGACGGAAAAAAAGAAAAAACAUAAAACGGGGAAGAAAACUGAAUCUUUGAGGGAAACUAAGGAUGAUGCUCCACCUGAAACAUCAUUUAAGUUGGUUUGCAGCAACCUAGAUGAACUGCGAGAGCUGAUCAGUAAGACUGAAGAUGAGCUUGAUGAACUGGAGAGCAUGAAAAAGAAAUUGGGUCGGUGGUACUAUAAGAAAGAAGCAGUGAAAGAACUCCACAGCACUCUAAUCAGACUUCUGAAUGAACUUUCACCUUGGGAACCAAAACUUAUUAAGGCAUACCAAAGAAACAGACUUCGUUUAAAGAAGGAGUUUGAUGAUUUCAAGAAGCAUCCAGAGUACAAUAGCUUUGUGCGUGAGGAGUGUAUUUCAUCAUCGUCAUCAGAUGAUGAUUACGAUUAUGAGGGGGUUGAUUUGGAAAAGGAUGGUUGUAGAGAACUGGAAGAGGAGGACCAGGAACAUGUUCCUAGAGGCCUUUGGAGUGGAGCAAGCACCAGAGAUUUUGGUGUUGAGCUUUCUGCAGAAGAAACUGUGUCCUGCACAUCUCCAGUCCACCUAAAACACACUCUGGCCUUUAAAGAGAAAGGUGUAGGAUUGAUGCCACGAGUUCAAGGAGUUGGCACCGAUACUGCUUCUGCAGAGUUGAGGGGAGAGUCGCGAUCUGAGAUGAUCCCAGCUAAUCAGUCCUGGGAUUCAACAUGGGUAACAAAGAUACCGACACAUAAUUCAUUGUGUCCCACAUACCCAACCCUAAACUCAACCUGUGGGCUACCCAAGGGCUAUACGCCCAUUCCUACUCUGCUGGCUAAGAGUGUGGGCAACAAAGUGACCUUGAUGAAAAAACCUACUGAUUUCCCAGGUUUUACCAGUGUAGGUAGACAGAGAAAAGGGUCUUUGGUUCCUCUGCCUACCUCUGCAGUUACUACCCUAAAAGUUUCAAAAGCACAAAGUUUUCCAUCCAGUUACCAAGAGAACUCACAGCAGAAACCAUCACAAACACAAGUCCACGAGCAGCCAGGGAUGAAAAUGACCACUCUUCCUCAAACACCACAGGCCAAAUUGUGCCAGACUGAACCAAAAAGUCCUAUCCAAGUGGUGUAUAAGGCACCAGAGGGACUGGGUCACCUUGUAAGGAAAGACAGUAGCAGCAGAAUGCCUGCUCAUUCUGUUGUGGACCAGAAUACUGCAGCAAAAGUUAUGCAACAAGUAGUGUUCCUGCCUUCUAACCUUCUCAUUCAAAAGGCUGAAACGACGACGACCGGUGUGAAUCUGAAACAGUCGACAAGCAUUCAGGUUCCAGUUUCUAAGGUGACCAGCCCUGUACGUAUGUCAACUGAUGUCCCUGGAUUUAGCAUUCCUGAGAGUAAAAUCCCCGUUCAACAAUUGGAUCUGAUGAAAGAUGCGAGCACCGGGAAAAAUCCUACUUUUUCUUUCGUGCCUCAUUUGCAAAGAGGCCCUCUAAAUAUAUCAGGAUCUAAGGAGACACAAAUUUGCUGUGUCCAAACCAGCACACCAAAAGUCAGCUUGGCGACCUCUUCAUCCAUCACAACUGCUUCCAGAGCCAUUUCUACUGAAAGUGUUAUAUUUACAGAACCUAAACAGGAGCUUAAGACUGUGUGUAUCCGUGACUCGCAGUCCAUCUUGGUAACAACUAGAGGGGGAAACACAGGCAUUGUCAAAGUCCAGACAUCCUCAGACCAGAAUCCACUGGGCUCUUUUCCUUCCAGCCCAGUCAUCACCAUUUCUCCUCAGUUAAAAGCCUUCCUUGUAUCUAAGACAACCACUUUGUCUGCUCCUGGUCCUCAGAUAUCACCUUCCACUGUCCCAGCAGUGACUGGUGUCUCAGUGGUCCAAACCCAGAAGAAGGCUCCCAAAUACGCAAGUUCUACACUCACCUCAGUAACAAGUAGCAUUCCUGUAACUAGCUCAGAGCACCAAACAGGCACUACUGUUGCUUUCAGUCAAGGCUCUAGCUUCUCAACAGCUGAAACCAAGAUGCCACAACUGGGGCACGCACCUUCUUCUGGUUCUACGUUUCCCGCUUCAACAUUAAAAAAUGUUGUUUCCAUCCCCUCACCAAGUAACUCUGGUGUUUUCAGCUCUCCAGCUCUCACACAAGAGUUCUUAGGCAAGACUGGUGUGAAACGUGCCAGUACAGAUACUAGGUCCCACGUAACGAAGUACAUUUUAGUUGCUCCAUCUUCCUCUUCAGCCUCAAACAAAGUCACAACAAAGGGGACACCCUCUUCUCCAAAGUCUGCUACCAGUUCAAGAGUGAUUCUCAUGAACCAUCCCACAGUCACCUCAUCUACCACCUUCAUGGGACCCUUACCAACACCAGUGAUGGCAGCUGAGAAAGGACACACAUUGAACUCUUCAACAAGUCAAACGCUAAAGAUGGGGUUAAGUUCACCUCAGCCUGUUUGCAGUGUCAGCUCUGAGGCAUUGUCCAAGACCACCACCAACACUAUGUCCUCAGGCAUUGCAAUCCAAUUGAGAGGAAAUCGUGCAUCUGUUGGACAGACCAUUGGUGCACUAUCACAUUCUCCUUCAACGACCAUGCCAGUGUCUAUAACAGCAAACUGCUUUUCAACAGCUGCCACCAACACGGGACUGGUCCCAUACACAACUUUAAAAACUGACACAAGCUCUUCUACCCAGCUUGGUACUCACAGCUCUCCACUCCAUGGUAUACCCUCCGUAUCUGUUAUCUCUCAAACAAGCUGCUCUAGAUCUACUGUUCCCACCUCGCUAACAGGAAACACGAACAAUAGGGACUUCAGUAUCUUUGCAGGUGCAUCAUCCAACAGCUCUCCCACUGAAGUAACCAGUGCUACCGGGAGUGCAGUUCAAGUUCCUACACUUAACCCUAAACCCUUAAAUGUCAAAAGCAGUGUUCCUGAGGAUAACACAGCUUUGUUUUCUCAUCUUGUCACUAAUAAAACCCAAACCAUCUUUUCCUCUACACCAACCACCUGCACUCCAUUGAACACCUCUACCACUAGCACAGUCCAGCAGAGGGUAAUCAUCAACACAUCAACACACCUUACUGCUGGCACACAGAUCUUCCUGAACAAUGCACGCUUCGUAGUUCCUCCCCAGGGUUUGGGUCCAGGCAGCCACGUCCUUAUCAUCUCGAGCCCUGCAGCACAAGUGCCUACCACCACUCCUGUUAGCACUAGGUCAUUGGCAGCACCCAAAGGGGCAAGCCCUACCAUUGUUACACCUCGGGCGUCAGUUUUACCCCAGUCUACAGCCAGAUUGCCCGGUGUUCCACCUGUAAGUUCUCCUUUUGUAGCGUGCACGCCUGCUGUUGGUCCACCUUUGAUGGGAAGCACUCCACAUGUCGUACCUUUCAGACCUACAGGAGCACCUAGCCUGGGCUCAACACUGAUGCCCAGCAAAACAAAUGGAGUGUCAGCCCUUCCUAGGUUUCCAUUUGAUCAUGCAGGUAACUUUAGAUUACCUCCUGUAUGCACAUCCACUUUGGUCUCUUCCCCACCAAGGCUGGGCUGUGUACCAGCUGUAGUUUCCCCAAUAAAAUCUAGUGCCCCUGCUCUUGGCUCAGCACCAGCUAUAAUCAAGGUAGCUCCUGGUAAAGCCACACAAGCUAAAUCAUCGUCCACCAUAUCAUCUAUAUCAACGGCCUUUCCCAAAUUGUCAGGGGCUUUAUCAUCCUUACCUGUUCUACCCAGCUCAUCAGCAGGUGCUUUGUGUAGCCCUGUCAUGCCAGUUUAUGUACCUCCCUCCUCAGCUGCAGCUUCAACAUUAACAGACACACCAGCCUUGCAUGGUUAUCUUCCUAGCCAGCCAAUGGAUUCUGUGACAACUACUGGACCCUCAGUGCAGCCAGAGCAGACGGAAGUCAAAUUUGCUACACCCUCAAGUGUUCAUCCACAGGGUUUAGUGCAGACUGGACCAGGAAAUACUUUACUUAAAGAACAGAUUGUGCAACCAGUGCUUUCUGGUACAAGGACACAUGUACUGCCAACAAUGUCUGUCCCACCGACGCUGAGUGCAGCAUCCAGAAUGCAAGCACUGCCCGUUGCUACUGUCUCACCAGUUGGAAGCACUGUCAGCCUCUUUGAAAUGGCACCUGUGGUAGCUGCUCCACCAACAAGCGUCACUGUAAUAACAAGUCCAACUCAACCAAUCACGUCACUGUCAGCAAAGUCCACCAUUCAUCCACCUGUCAUACUGACCAAUCCAGCGCUUAGACAUGACUCUUUGCAGACCUCAGCCUUGGAUACGUGUGCCAGUGUACCAUCCAAGCUGCUCAUUAGUCCAGAUGGUGCUGUUUUGAGCACUGUUCAGUGCCGGAGUAAUCCAACAGAGCUGACUGCCUGCCCCAAUCUGCUUGAUGCACUGGUGGUUUCCUCCAAUAGUUCCAGUGGAGCACUACAAACACACGAGUCCACUUUACAGCCUUCUAAAGCAGAGUGAACUAUCAAAACAACACCGACUCUGCUACAUGAAAGUCCAAAUACAAUUAUCCACCUGCUUAGUUUUGACAGGACUCAUGAUGCAUCCAGCAAUAUUUUUGAUUCAUCUUACAAUUUGGGCAGAGUUUAACCUCUGGUUACAUAAUCUUUUCAUAUGUAUGAAUUUGUGUUCUCACACAUACUGAAACUGUAUACUGUGAUGCGUUUCUCAUGUAGAAACUGAGAUUUUCUUGACAUGAAUGUUGCAAUCAUUUAGAGAUUGUUGGCCAGUAAAUUACAACAAACAGGCACAGUUGGAAAGUAUAUAAAAUUAAUUUCAAGCUGAGCGUUUUGCUGUUUUUAUGUUGUAAAUACUGCCUAUUUGUUGGUUUGGUAUUCAUCAUCACUUGUUGCUCUGCUUGAUCUGCCAUCUGCUAAUAAAUGUCUUUUUGAGUUUUGUUUUUUCAAAGAGUACCAGUUUGAAAA